GGCAAAGAAAAAGGGAAGUACGGUAGCUGAGGGAAUGGCCGCAGCGUGUUCCGUUGCAUAUCGGCGUCUUCUGAGCCGGGCGGGAACGCGGGCAGCCUCUCUGCUAUGGUCUGCAGCUCGAAAUCAGAGUUCACAAAAUACCUCAUCACAGCAAAGACUCCUUCCAAAAACAUCCUUAACUUCUCCCCCAUAUCCUGAAAUCAAACUCCCUGAUCCUCUAGAAGAGGCAGAACACCACAGAGAGAUUGUUCAAAAAGUAAAUGAACUAAUUGCCACGGGACAAUAUGGAAGACUGUUUGCAGUUGUUCACUUCGCCGCCAGACAGUGGAAAGUAACCAGUGAAGACUUGAUUUUACUUAAUAAUGAUAUACCAGCUGAAUGUGGAGACAGAAUCCGAAUGGAAAAGGUAUUGCUGGUUGGUGCAGAUGACUUCACCCUGCUGGGAAAGCCAUUGCUGGGGAAGGAUCUAGUCCGUGUGGAUGCAACUGUCAUUGAGAAGACAGAGUCUUGGCCAAAAAUACGUAUGAUAAUCCGUCGAAAGGUUAAUUACAAGAAAAAAACAAUUUUAAUUCAGCCACAAACUGUUCUCCGGAUAAACAGCAUUGAAAUUGCUCCUGUUCUGUCAUGACGAAUUCUUAGGCUUGCGGUUUCAGGGUGAUACGAAAGCUGAAAAAUAUUUCAGUUGCAUUUUGUUGUUGUCAAUAAAGAAAACUAUUAUGAAAUAA